AACGGACCACAAAAGAGGAUCCAUACAAAUACAUCUCAUCGCUUCCUCUACUAUUCUCCGACACACACACUGAGCAAUGACGUCCAUUAACGUAAAGCUCCUUUACCAUUACGUCAUAACCAACCUUUUCAACCUUUGUUUCUUUCCAUUAACGGCGAUCGUCGCCGGAAAAGCCUAUCGGCUUACCAUAGACGAUCUUCACCACUUAUACUAUUCCUAUCUCCAACACAACCUCAUAACCAUUGCUCCACUCUUUGCCUUCACCGUUUUCGGUUCGGUUCUCUACAUCGCAACCCGGCCCAAACCGGUUUACCUCGUUGAGUACUCAUGCUACCUUCCACCAACGCAUUGUAGAUCAAGUAUCUCCAAGGUCAUGGAUAUCUUUUACCAAGUAAGAAAAGCUGAUCCUUCUCGGAACGGCACGUGCGAUGACUCGUCCUGGCUUGACUUCUUGAGGAAGAUUCAAGAACGUUCAGGUCUAGGCGAUGAAACCCACGGGCCCGAGGGGCUGCUUCAGGUCCCUCCCCGGAAGACUUUUGCGGCGGCGCGUGAAGAGACGGAGCAAGUUAUCAUUGGUGCGCUAGAAAAUCUAUUCAAGAACACCAAUGUUAACCCUAAAGAUAUAGGUAUACUUGUGGUGAACUCAAGCAUGUUUAAUCCAACUCCUUCGCUCUCCGCGAUGGUCGUUAACACUUUCAAGCUCCGAAGCAACGUAAGAAGCUUUAACCUUGGUGGCAUGGGUUGUAGUGCCGGCGUUAUAGCCAUUGAUCUAGCAAAGGACUUGUUGCAUGUCCAUAAAAAUACGUAUGCUCUUGUGGUGAGCACAGAGAACAUCACUUAUAACAUUUACGCUGGUGAUAAUAGGUCCAUGAUGGUUUCAAAUUGCUUGUUCCGUGUUGGUGGGGCCGCUAUUUUGCUCUCCAACAAGCCUAGAGAUCGUAGACGGUCCAAGUACGAGCUAGUUCACACGGUUCGAACGCAUACCGGAGCUGACGACAAGUCUUUUCGUUGCGUGCAACAAGGAGACGAUGAGAACGGCAAAACCGGAGUGAGUUUGUCCAAGGACAUAACCGAUGUUGCUGGUCGAACGGUUAAGAAAAACAUAGCAACGCUGGGUCCGUUGAUUCUUCCGUUAAGCGAGAAACUUCUUUUUUUCGUUACCUUCAUGGGCAAGAAACUUUUCAAAGACAAAAUCAAACAUUAUUACGUCCCGGACUUCAAGCUUGCUAUCGACCAUUUUUGUAUACAUGCCGGAGGCAAAGCCGUGAUUGAUGUGCUAGAGAAGAACCUAGGCCUAGCACCGAUCGAUGUAGAGGCAUCAAGAUCAACGUUACAUAGAUUUGGAAACACUUCAUCUAGCUCAAUAUGGUAUGAGUUGGCAUACAUAGAAGCAAAAGGAAGGAUGAAGAAAGGUAAUAAAGUUUGGCAGAUUGCUUUAGGGUCAGGCUUUAAGUGUAACAGUGCAGUUUGGGUGGCUCUAAACAAUGUCAAAGCUUCAACAAAUAGUCCUUGGGAACACUGCAUCGACAGAUACCCGGUUAAAAUUGAUUCUGAUUCAGGUAAGUCAGAGACUCGUGUCCAAAACGGUCGGUCCUAAUAAAUGAUGUUUGCUCUCUUUCGUUUCUUUUUAUUGGUUAUAAUAAUUUGAUGGCUACGAUGUUUCUCUUGUUUGUUAUGAAUAAAGAAUGCAACGGUGUUCUAGUA